AAAGGAAGGAAGAGUGAGGAGUGAAGAAGAAAGCACCCUUCCCCCCACUUUUCCUUUUUGUAUAGAGAGAGAAAAGGAAAGAGGAAAGCAAAAGGUCUAAUGGAGAAUGUGACUCCUGUGAGUUCUCUGUAUUGUAUGAUGAAUUGGUAACAAAGAUACCUCCCACCACCAUCACCAACCAAACCUUCCUACCUUUCAGAUCUUCAGAAAACCUCCAAAAGAUCCCGUCGUUUAGUUAAUGCUGCUGGUUUUUUCUUCUGGGAUAUUCAAGGGAUUUUAUUAGUCCGUUUCUGAUAUGAUGGCAGCAACGGCGGAGGGGGCAUUGUCGUUUUCCGUGGCGGAGGUGGUGGAAGAUGUGCUCCAACAGCACGGGAACCGUCUCAGAGGUCUUGAUCUUGAGUCUAGAAAAGCUGAGGAAGCUGCCUUGAGAAGAAACGAAGCGGCGGGGUGGCUGAGAAAGAUGGUGGGAGUAGUAGCGGCCAAGGAUUUGCCGGCGGAGCCUUCGGAGGAAGAGUUCAGGCUUGGAUUGAGAAGUGGCAUUAUUCUCUGCAAUGUUCUCAAUAAGGUUCACCCUGGAGCUGUGCCCAAGGUGGUGGAAAGUCCAUGUGAUUCUGCUCUGGUUCCUGAUGGAGCGGCAUUGUCAGCAUUUCAAUACUUUGAGAAUGCGAGAAACUUCCUAGUGGCUGUGCAGGAAAUGGGAAUUCCUACUUUCGAGGCAUCUGAUCUCGAACAAGGUGGGAAGUCUGCAAGGGUUGUGAAUUGUGUUCUGGCGCUUAAAUCCUACAGUGAAUGGAAACAGACGGGGGGGAAUGGGGUUUGGAAAUUUGGUGGAAAUGUGAAACCAGCCGUGUCUGCCAAAUCUUUUGUGAGGAAAAAUUCAGAGCCAUUCACGAAUUCCUUGUCAAGGAACUCCUCAAUGGGUGAAAAAUCUUUGAAUAUGCUGUCCUCUGACCUUGAGUCUAAUAAAAUGCCUGCUAACUGUUCCUUGAGUAUGCUUGUUCGUGCGGUUCUAUUAGAUAAGAAGCCUGAAGAAGUUCCAACGUUGGUUGAAUCUGUGCUAAAUAAGGUUGUGGAGGAGUUUGAGCAUCGCAUUUCAAGCCAAUUAGAACUGAUGACAACAACUCCAAAAGACAUGGCUGCUUCUCACAGCAACAAAUCUUUAUUGAAAUUUGCUUCUGGUGAUAAAAAGACUGAAAGUAAAAAUGAAAAGGUGACAAAGAAAGAGGUCAUCCAGAAAACCUACAUUUCUGAUGAGAAAUCAAAAGAGCAACUCCUGAAACAGCAAAUGGCAUUUGAUCAACAGCAGAGACACAUUCAAGAACUGAAGCAUACUCUUCACACUACAAAAGCUGGGAUGCAAUUUAUGCAAAUGAAGUUUCAUGAGGAGUUCCACAAUCUUGGCAUGCACAUUCACGGUCUGUCUCAUGCUGCUUCUGGUUAUCAUAGAGUUCUUGAGGAAAAUCGCAAGCUAUACAAUCAAGUGCAGGAUCUCAAGGGAAGUAUUAGGGUUUACUGUCGAGUGAGACCCUUCCUCCCGGGACAAUCAAAUCAUUUCAGCAAUGUGGAUUUUAUAGAAGAUGGCAGUAUCACUAUCAGUACUCCAUCGAAGCAUGGGCAAGGCCAGAAGUCUUUCAGCUUCAACAAGGUUUUUGGGCCAUCUGCAACCCAAGCGGAGGUCUUUUCUGAUAUGCAGCCUUUGAUUCGGUCUGUUCUUGAUGGUUACAAUGUUUGCAUAUUUGCAUAUGGUCAAACUGGAUCAGGAAAAACUUACACCAUGUCUGGACCUAAAGAUCUUACAGAGAAAAACCAGGGAGUAAAUUAUCGGGCUUUGGGCGAUUUGUUUUAUUUAGCAAGUCAAAGAAAAGACACUUUCUCCUAUGAUGUUUCUGUUCAGAUGAUCGAGAUCUAUAACGAGCAAGUUAGGGAUCUCCUUAUCGUUGAUGGAACAAACAAAAGAUUAGAAAUUCGUAAUAGUUCUCAUAAUGGACUUAGUGUACCAGAUGCAAACCUUGUGCCAGUGUCAUCGACAUCUGAUGUUAUUGAUCUGAUGAACCUCGGACAAAGGAAUCGUGCAGUGGGUGCAACAGCCUUAAAUGAUCGUAGUAGUCGCUCUCAUAGUUGUUUGACUGUUCAUGUUCAAGGAAGAAACUUGACAUCUGGAACUAUUCUUCGUGGAUGCAUGCAUCUGGUUGAUCUGGCAGGAAGUGAGAGGGUAAACAAAUCUGAAGUGACAGGAGAUAGACUCAAAGAAGCGCAGCAUAUAAACAAAUCCCUUUCAGCAUUGGGUGAUGUGAUAUCUUCCCUUGCCCAAAAGAAUCAGCAUGUUCCGUAUAGAAAUAGCAAACUCACACAGCUGCUCCAAGAUUCACUUGGAGGGCAGGCCAAGACACUGAUGUUUGUUCACAUAAGCCCUGAGCCUGAUGCUACUGGAGAAACAAUAAGUACACUUAAAUUUGCCGAGAGAGUUGCCACUGUUGAACUUGGUGCUGCCAGAGUAAACAAAGAUAGCACAGAUGUUAAGGAGCUAAAAGAACAGAUUGCCUGUCUUAAAGCAGCACUGGCAAGGAAAGAGGGGGAGCCAGAGCACAUGCAAAAUUCCAUAUCUGGAAGCUCUGAAAAAUACAGGACGAAACCUAGUGAGUUAUCACCAUUUCGCUCUAAAAAGCAUGAUGCAGGUUUUUUGGGAGACCAGAACAGCUGCCGGCAACCAAUGGGUGAUGUUGGCAAUAUUGAGGUCCAUAAAAAAUCUGCACUGAGGCAAAAGACAACAAGUUUUGAUCUUGAUGAGCUAUUAGCGAACUCCCCUCCCUGGCCUCCUGUGAAUAAUCAUGGCCAGACCUAUGGGGAGGAUGACAGAGAAAUAGGCUCCGGUGAGUGGGUUGAUAAAGUCAUGGUAAACAAGCAUGAUGUAAGCAAAGUUGAAAACCCUUUGGGAAGUUGGGCAACAGAUAAUGGGGACUUAACUGAUGUAUUUUAUCAGAAGUAUCUCCCAGAUUCUUCCAAAAUUUACCCACAUCAAUCCUACAACAUGUUUAUGGGAGGCAACCAGUUCAGUGUCACUAGUACCGAUGAAAUGGAUGAUCUUGAUGCUGCCACCAGUGACUCCUCAGAGCCAGAUUUGCUUUGGCAAUUCAACCACACAAAACUUACAGGCAUGACCAAUGGAAUUGGGGCAAAACCCAAGAAACCCAAUCUAAAGACGUCAAAAAGCCCAGAACUAAGCAAGAAUGGCAAUGCUUCUCUAGGCGCUUCCCCUUCACGGAAACAAUCAAAUGGGGUAGGUGCCCAUCUGCAGCGGAGUGGGAGACAGCCAGCUUCAGCUGAUAUGAAGCGCAAAGCUGGGAAUAGAAAAUAGAAACUUGGACAGGGCUGGUCGGCCGAUUUCUGAUUUUUUUUUUUUUUUUAUUCAUUUCUUUGAAUUUGUUGGAGAGAGGGAGACAGAGGAGUUACUAUAUUCUUCUUUUGUAUUUUUAUUGUAAUCUUACAUAGUAAAAUGCAGCAAUAAUUCCAAUUGCUUGUAAUUGUAUACUGAUGAGUUCAUUAGAUGUGUAUUUCCUGUGUGGAUUGGAUGACUGA